AUGUUACAAAAACGCAUGGAAGAAAUGCUUGAUGAUAUGAAAGAAACAAUUCUACAGGAUAACAAGCUUUUAAGAGAUAAACUCCGAAUUUGCAUGGAAGUAGUAGUCGAUAUGAAAGUGGUUGUAAAUAAGUGGAAUCGCCACAUUGCUGAGGAAACUGUUUUAACAGCAAAAUUUCCAUUGUCAAGUGUGGAGGAGGUAGAAUGUCUAAAUGCAGAAAUAAAUAACGACAAUCGCGAAUGUUAUGUAAACACUAUGAAAUCCCUUUUUAGACCGGCAGGGGUGGUUAAAAAUCUCAAAGAGAUAUUGACGGACGCUAUUGUCCAAGAAUAUAAUAUUUACGGAAUUCAUGGAAAAAAAUCUUUAAGAAGUCUGGAGAAUUUUUACUCCACCCUAAUAGGUAUGUAACUACCGUUUACUUCUUUCAAGAUAUUAUAACUGUUUUACGUUAUGUUUGUGAUAGCACUCAAUUACAUAUUGAUUUAUGUAUGAAAAUACAUCUUUACUAAAUUAUUUUAAUAUAUGUCUUUCCAAAAUCAAUUCCAGUUAGCGAUGACUUCGAGCCGGCCGAAAAACAAUUCAGCUACAAAAAAAUAGAAUAAACAAAGCGAAAAGUGUAAAUAAAAAUAAAAAUAAAU